CAGGAUCUUGGCAGCAACCUUCUCUCUACUCCUCAACCACAAAACCAUCUUCAGAAAUGGACAGAGUCUACCUGGUGACAGGAGGAUGUGGUUUUCUUGGGGAGAGGAUUGUAGAGCUCCUGUCUCAACAAGACUACGUCAAAGAAGUCAGAGUUUUUGAUUCAGUAGCAAGACAAGAAGUAGAAAAAUUCACCACAGCUACCACUCAUGUGACAGUGAUGAAAGGAGACAUUCGAGACUACAAUCUGCUCCUUGCUGCCAUGCGGGGAGCUCACGUGGUUAUUCACACAGCUGCUAUUGUGGACUGCAAAAACACUGUGCCCUUUUGGGAAAUGAGAGCUGUCAACGUUGGGGGUACUGAAAAUGUGCUAAGGGCCUGCUGUGUCCUGAACGUCCCAUAUGUGGUCUAUACAGGCUCCAUUGCUGCAGUGGGACCCAACACAGCCUGUGAGCCCAUGAUCAGAGGAAAUGAGGACACCAAAUACAAUGGGGAAGUGGAGCUGCCUUAUGGGAAGACAAAAGCCAUGGCAGAAAAACUUGUAUUUGAAGCCAAUGGAAAAAAGCUGAGCAAUGGUGGUAAACUCAUAACCUGCAUCAUCCGUCCAAACACCGUGUAUGGGGAGAAAGCAAUGUUUCUUCAAGAGCAGUAUCUGCUCACCAAAGCCAGGAACAAUGUCCUGAACUACCUGGAGCCUGAAAACACAGAGCGGAAUAACACAUAUGUGGGGAACGUUGCAUGGAUGCAUGUUCUUGCUGCAAGGAACCUGCAGCUGAAACCAGACUUACUUGCAGGACAAGUGUAUUAUGCCUAUGAUGACACACCAACAACAAAAGGUUUUCUGAUUAGGCAUCAGCUGUUGUCCUCUAUGGACCCCUCAGUGAGACUAGGCUCACACAUUCCUUACUGGAAGAUGUGGUUAAUGAUACAAGUGCACAGGAUAAUCAAGGUCAUCCUGUACCCUUUCUGGAAGCCACAGCCUUUCCUAAACUUGCCUUUACUGCACACAAUAGUCACCACCUUCUCCUACGAGACAGACAAAGCCUCCAGGCAUUUUGGGUACAAACCACUCUUCACCUGGGAAGAGAGCAAGCACAGAACUGCACAGUGGUUGAAAGCAGCUGCAGGGAACCUGGAACCCCCCCAGCUUCAUGAAAAGAACAUGUAAACAGCAUGGUUGGGGUAAGGAGAGAGCUUAUCACACACCAAGUUACAUCUGAACUGCAGUACAUGCACUAAUCUUUGGCAGGAAUUUUGCAAACACUAAAAAUCCUGGUACAGAGACAGAGAAGGAGCAAAACUCUCAGGCUGCAAGUAUGUACCCUUGUCAUGCCAACAACUCAGCUGUUCUAAGGGUCACAUAAAACACUGUGUGCAUUUGGAGGCAUCCUCUUGCAGCUAUGUGCACACAUGCAGCGGUGUCACCUUCCCAUGGUGACACUGCUGCAUGGGGAUCACUCGUGGGAAUGAGAUGGAUUCAGAUGGGAGAUGGUGCUCAGCAAACACACUUAACCAGUUUUGUUCCACAGCCUCUAUCUCUUUCCAUACUCAGCAAAUGGAUCUCUUCCUUGCCAUGGUUCAUACGCAUAAGGGGACUUCAGUGGUAAUUUUAAGGAAAACAAGGAAAGCCCAGUAAGUUCUUGCUCUGUUUUAGGCUUUAAUAAAAAGAAUAAAGAAUUCCCCUUAUC